AACCAUAACAGGAAGAAAACCACCAGAUGUUGUAGCUUCACUGUGGGUCACAUAACAACAUAUCAUUGUGUUUUCUGAGAAGAAAGUAAACUUGUAUUUUACAAUGGAGUGUUCGGAGUACUGACUGAAUAGUGUUUUCAUAAGAAGGAAUAUUGUCCCUGUCUUUCUUCCGAUCCAAGCGUUGAAACAAGGUGUGAAUGACUGACGUGGUGCCACCCACAGCACUAAGUGAAAUCCAGCUCCGGUUCCUCUGCCAUGAUGACAUUGAAAAUGUCAAGUUGCUCUGUGGUGAUUGGUUCCCAAUCGAGUACCCAGACUCAUGGUACCAGGACAUCACCUCAAACAAGAAGUUCUUCUCCCUGGCUGCUACCUUCAGAGGAGGCAUCGUUGGAAUGAUCGUGGCUGAAAUUAAAGGCCGAACAAAAGUACACAAAGAGGACGGAGACAUCCUGGCCUCCAGUUUUCCUGUGGACACACAAGUAGCCUACAUCCUCAGCCUGGGAGUGGUUAAAGAGUUUAGGAAACACGGCAUAGGCUCCCUGCUGCUGGACAGUUUGAAGGAGCACAUUUCAACCACAGCCCAGGACCACUGUAAGGCCAUCUACCUGCACGUCCUCACCACCAACAACACUGCCAUUCACUUCUAUGAGAACAGAGACUUCAGGCAGCACCACUACCUGCCGUACUACUACUCCAUACGAGGCGUCCUCAAAGACGGCUUCACUUAUGUGCUCUACAUCAACGGGGGUCAUCCGCCGUGGACAAUAUUUGACUACAUCCAGCACAUUGGUUCUGCCCUGGCCAGCCUGAGCCCGUGUUCCAUCCCACAGCGGCUGUACCGCCAGGCCCAGUCCCUGCUACGCUCACUGCUCCCGUGGUCCAACAUUGCCUCGAAGACCGGCAUACAGUACAGCAGAACCAUGUGACACAACAUGGUGGGCGCCAAUGACACAGCACCAUUUUGGACUUUUUCUGUCUAUAUUUGACAACAAAUGAAGGUCUGAUUCUGUAUCUUUUCUCUUUAGGGAGAACUUUUUUCUAAUCAGUCUUCCCUAUACACUGCAACAACAUACUCACAUUCUCUUGUCAAGUUUUCACACACAAUAACUGUGAAUGACACACAACUGACAUUCAGCCUGUGUGUCACCAUCACACCAAAAUAUCUGGGGCCGGUAAAAGCAUGUUUGGCACUGUUCCAGAUCCAGGCUCUUGGCUGUAGGUUGUAGUUCUGUACCCAUCACUGCUAAAUAUGGUGGUUACGUCUUUAAAAACCCAGUGCUGCAUUUACACUGGACACAGCAUUAACACCCCUGUCACAUCUUGACAAUACAGACAGCAUAUGCCAACUGUUUUAAAAAACGCUGGCAUACGCGGGCAUACUUCUAAUAUGUUAUGGGUAAGUUUUUUUUUAUAAGUUAAGAGCAUGAUGAUAUACGUCAUAAUACGCCAAGUACCUUGAAAAAUUUAGGGCAUGCUUAAGAUUUUUUGACGUAUGCCAGCGUAUGUCUCAUACAUCGCACACAUGCGGGACAUAAGUUGUAGAUGAUUGUUGACAUGUUUCUUGUAAUUUACUCAU